AUGAACACAGUGGGGGCCACCUGCAGCCUGGCCUCCGCGGCGAACUUGGUGAUGGUGGCCUGUUCCAAGGACGCAGAGUUGCCCUGCGCGGGCUCCGGGGACCCGCGCGUGUCCCACAUGGUCUCCUGGGUCAAGCUGACGAAGGGCAGUGAAGAGAGGCUUGAGGAAACCCAGAAAGACCUGUACUAUCAGUACUCCAUGGAGUCCUCUGGCGGGAGGCUGUAUUUUCUGAAGAUCCGGAACACUACCAACUACCACUCGGGGACAUACAAGUGCAUGCUGGAGGAACCGGCAGGGCAGAGUCUCCAAAACAGCACUGUGGUCUUGAAGGUGACAGGAUGCCGUGAAGAAGACAGUUUUAGUAAAUACGGAGCUGACAUUGUGCUGCUGUUGGUGCUGGUCAUUUUCUAUACAACACUCAUCAUUUUCACUUGGAAGUUUGCACGGCAUCAGAACAUAUUUCCAGAGUUUUUAAAAUCUGGCAUGGAAUCAGCUUUUCUCUUAGUUACUUCCCCCUCCCCCCCAAAGCCUUUGGAACUGAUGACUGUCAAGACAGAACCAGUAUGAGCAGGAUUUCUGCAGGACUCAAAGGUUCAGUGCUGUGCCUGUAUCACACCAGGCCUGAGAACGAGCCCCAUGAUGAAAAAUGGCAUCCUUCCUGUGAAGUCCUUCACCAACUGGAAUGCUCAGAAGUGAACUCCAUCCCACUUUUUGUGGAUAGGACUUUGAAAACCAUUACGGAACCACAUAGCCUAGAAUCACCUGUAGGUGCUCUCUGUGGGGCUGCUGAUAACUUGCUCAGACUUUUAUUCAGCCAUCUGGUCAACCUCUUGGAAGCAUUUUUCAGUCAGAUAAAAGUUAGAGUGAGAUUCACUUGGAACAGGGUCUUAGGAAAUAUGAACGCCCAGAGCUGGCCUCAGGACAGACUCUUGAGGACAGUUGUCUUCUUUCACAUAUGGAAAACAUAUCAUUGAAUGUGCUAUGUUUUCUUGUAAUUGCCCAGAUGUUUUAAGUCUGGGAGAAAUUAACAGGCCAAGCUGUGAGACAGUGGGAAAUAUUUAGCAAAUAAUUUCCUGGUGUAAAGGCCCUGUUAUUACUAAGGAGUAUUAUGUGUACAUAGAAAUAACAGGUCAAUGAACUGUUCCUCAACAGGGCCUUUUCAUCUGGGAAAGACAUCCAUAAAGGAGCAAUAAAGAAGAGUGCCACAUUUAUUUUUAUAUCUACGUAUACUGUCAAAGAAGAA